AAAUGGAUUUUUUUUUUUUUUAAAUUUCCAUCAGCAAGUAUGAAGUUUGAUGGUAAAUUAGACUAAUUCAUCCACAUUGGGAUGAUUUCGUUGAAGUUUUUAUUUCCUCUGUAUUGAAUAAAAGUAUCUUGUUUUUGUAUGUUGUAAAGAAGAACCCAUCUGUGCUAGAGAUGGAAUUUUUCUGGGGCAAACAAACCAAUAUGGGAUAGACUCAUGUCUUUGCUUGUUCUAGUUUUGUUUUUCAGUGCCUGAUUAGGGCUACCUCUAUGAUUAUGGAUGGAAAUUGGAAUGCUAACUUUUUUUCUGUCAAAAAUCAAGAAAGACUUAAAAAGCUUCUUGGAGAGCUAGUUGUCACAAAUGCUUUUCUUUUUAUUUUUGGUGUGACUUAGAGUUCUAGAAGCUGGGUCUGAUUUUUUUUUUCUUUUUUUUUUUCUUUUCUGGAAUGUCUCCAAAUUUGAUAGAUGAGAAAGGGAAAUUCGAUGAGUUGGUUGAGGACAAGGGUGUGAAGAUACUUAUUGAUCCAAAAGCUCUGAUGAUUGUCAUUGGGACCAAGAUGGAUUUUGUAGAUGACAAACUCAGAGCUCAUUUUCCUCCUGCAUGAUGGUAUUGCUACUCUCAGUACACACACAAAACCCAAAUAUCUUAAUGCAGAAUUCAUUUUCCCUUUUGCUGCAGCUCUGAGUUCUUAUUUAUCAAUCCAAACUCUAAAGGGCAGUGUGGUUGUGGUGAAUCUUUCAUGACAACAAGCUCCGGCGCUACCAAGCAGGGCAAUAGUUAAGAAUGCAGUCUAUAGUUACAAUAUUUUGAGAUCUGAACUAACAUGUUUAAUUAACACGGAGAACUGAUAACUGCAUGCAAAUAAGUAAACAGAGGAACAUCAUCUGCUUCACAUGCUUGUAGAGGACCUUAGAGCAGUGGGUGCCAACUGCAAAAAUGGAUAUAAGUUUACAUUUCUGUUGUAAACCUGAUGCUAAUUUGGCAUCUGGGAAUCCUUAUUGUACCAUUGCAUUAUUCAUGUAAAUUGUGAUUUUUGUAUUUGUCUAAAUUAUUUUUCUCAAUAGUCCGUUGUUUUUCUUGAAAAUAAGAUCCAUUAAUGUAGUAAAGGAUCAAUUUUUGU